AUGGGUGUGGGUGUGGGUAUUCUAUUUUCUAGCUACAUCCACACCCACACCCUUAUAACAUCUGGUGGACUUGGACAAAAAAUUGUUCCAGAAGUUCAUGAUUUACCACAAGUUUAUGCUAUAUAUAUUUAUUGUGCAAAUGUAAAAUUUCAUGAAACAUGGGCAAAAAAAUUUAGAAAAGUACGUGUUGUUUGUGAUAAUGAUGAUCUUUAUUUAUUACCACAAUUUGCUGUUGAUGUCGCACAAGCAAAUAUUGAUUGGGGUAAUGCUUUACUUAGGCAAGGUACACGUGAUAAAGCAAAAGAAAAAUUUAAAUUAGCAUCUGAUAAAUUAAAUAAUUAUGCACGUAAUCAUGAUUCAGCUAUGGAUGCUGAAAUUAAAAAUAAAUUAGAAGAAUGUAAAUAA